GACAAUUUUCGUGAAGCAAAAAACACCAACAUGUUAGGACUCAUUGUUUCGUUAUCUUCAAUAGCUUUCAUGUUCAUUCUCGUACUUGUCAUCUUCUUUUGCCGAAAGAUGGCAGCGAGAGAUGACCAGCUGGGCGACAUAGAAAGCAAAGAGAAGAAAUAUGAUGAGUCAGAAAUGGAGGAUAUCUUCACUUUCAUCGGCGGGGAAGACCUCACCGUUUGCGACAUUCUGGAUGCUCCCGGUGAAGUGAUCGGCAAGUCCAGCUAUGGGACCUUAUAUAAGGCCUUGUUCCAGAGGAGCAGCUCGGUCAGAUUGCUUCGGUUCUUGAGGCCGGUGUGUGCCUUGAGAGCUGAAGAGUUCUUCGAUGUGGUUCGGCUGUUGGGGUGCAUUAGACAUCCCAAUAUGGUGCCUCUGUUAGGAUUUUAUGCUGGACCUAGAGGAGAGAAGCUUCUUGUUCAUCCUUUUUAUUGGCAGGGCAAUUUGGCUCAGUUAAUCAAAGAUGGUAAUAUGGAGUCCCAUAGAUGGUCAGUAAUUUACAAGAUUUCCAUUGGCAUGGUGAGAGGAUUAGAUCACCUACAUACAGGGUUGCAAAAGCCAAUAAUCCAUGGAAAUCUUAAGUCUAAGAACGUGCUUUUGGAUCGAAAUUACCAGCCGUAUCUCUCCAAUUUCGGUAUAUACUUACUCUUGAAUCCUACUUCUGGUCAAGAAGUACUUGAAGCUUCAGCAGCCGAUGGCCAUAAAGCUCCUGAGCUCAUCAAAAUGAGGGGUGCAAGUCCCGAGACUGAUAUAUAUAGUCUCAGGGUGAUCUUUCUCGAACAACUUUCGGGGAAGGAACUGAUGAACGAAAAGCCUACCCCGGAUGAGGAUUUUUAUCUGCCGAACUUCAUGCAGAACGCUGUUCUUGGUCAUAGAAUCAGCGAUCUGUACCAUCCGGACCUACUUAUGAGUAACAAUUAUGAUCAGGGAAAUCAAGUUACUGAAGAAUCUAUUUUUAAGUUCUUUCAGCUUGCCAUGGCUUGUUGUUCUCAUUCUCCUUGUCUUAGACCGAAUAUCAGACAAGUGCUGGCGAAGCUCGAAGAAAUCGGCUAG